GAUUGGUUGAGCGUUCCCGAUGCACACCUUGAACCUUCUUACGCUCCCACAAAGGUAGAAUUUUGUACAUCGAACUUUCUCACUCUUCACUCUUCCUUUCAACCACCAGGCACAUUACCCAUGAUGUGGGAAAAAAGUCAUCAUAUGUCUUCUGAGGAUGUACAGGAUUCUACAGUGAGGCAAUCAUUGGCCACCUGCAAUCCCCCUCAUUUGGAUAUUCUCCGAGCCCAUUUGAGCGACCUCGGCCUCGAGCUGGAUUCGGAGGGCAUCGUAAGAUGGGAGCGGUCGAAUAAAUUGCAUCCUCGCAACUGGUCGCUGUCUCGCAAACUGUACGAUAUCUCCCUAAUUGUCAUAUUAGAUUUCGCGACGUAUGUAUCUCAGAGCCCUCUGCUUCUUCUUGGGGUGAUUCAAAAUCGCUGACGAUCUUAUUAUAUAGAACCGCAAUUAGCUCUGCGGGUGUAAGGGGCUCCCCUCGAGGUCCAUCUCAAAACACUAAUACUGUGUCAACAGGCAGCUACUAGCGAUGUUGCUCGCGAGGACCUAAAAAUCGGCCGUGUAUUAUCGCUAUUUAGUUUUACAUCUAUGUCAGUACCACAUUUCAUAGUAACAGCUUAGCAUUACAAAGCUAAUAAAACACCAUAUUCAUAGAUAUAUGAUUGGUCAGGGGUUCGGUGGCGCCGUAUUUCCUCCAUUUAGCGAAUCUUUUGGCCGGAAAAAGCUUUACGUUAUAUCCACUGCACUCUACUCGCUCUUCUGUUUACUUCCCGGCGUACUGCCGUACCUACCAGUGAUUCUCAUCGGCCGUUUUGGUGCUGGAGUUUUAUCUGCGAUCCCAACAAAUGUGGUCGCUGGGAGUAUUGAAGACAUGUUCAAUGCAGGACAUCGGAUAUGGAUGAUUUUUGCUUGGCUGAUGGCUGCAAAUUUGGGACUUUCGCUCGGACCAAUCUACGGUGCCUUUGUGGUUGAAUAUUUAGGAUGGUGGGUUGCACUGUCACAAGCUGUUUGAUUUUCUAAGAAUACUGUACUCAUUUGCUCUCUCAGGCAUUGGCAUUUCCGAAUCUCGGCCAUUUUUACUGGCGCCAUGUCCAUUCUUUUGCUAUUCACACGCGAAAGUCGACCAAGCCAACUUCUUGAAGCACGGGUAGCCCUUCUCAGAAAAGCCACAGGCGAUGAUUCCUUUCGCAUCAACAAUCCUGAUCACGCUCCGGAUCUUGAUACUUUGAUCCGUCUUGUUUUAUUGAGGCCUAUUCGACUGCUCUUUACAGAGCCUAUCGUCUUUGUGACAAGCAUUAUUAGCGCUGUUGCUUUCGCAUUGGUCUAUCUCUUCACUGAAGCCAUCCCAAUAGUUUAUGGAUUCUUUGGUUUUAGUGCAACACAGUCAUCCCUUGUUUUCCUGGCAAUGUGUGUUGGCAUUUGCUUAAGUGUCUUAACUCGCUUCUACGACCAACACAUCUUCCGCAAACGACAAAAGAAUCGCCAACCGUUGCAACCCGAAGACAAGUUGACUGGUUUUGCGAUUGGGGCACCGCUCCUCGCAAUCGGCCUCUGGUGGUUCGCAUGGACAGUCCCUCCAAUCGUCAAUCAUGUUCCCUGGAUUAUUUCAUCGUGCUCGUUGGCAUUGAUCGGCUACGCUUGCACCGAAUUCGAUACGACACUUGCAGGGUACGUGGCUGACAGUUACACCAUAUACGCCGCUUCUGCGUUUGCUUCUAUGGCCCUCGCAAGGGCUGUUCUUUGCGCUGUCUUUCCGCUAUUUGCCCAUCAGAUGUUUGUUGCCCUCGGCUCAAAUAAAGCGCUUACCGUUCUCGCUUCUCUUGCAACCCUCUUUUGCCUUACGCCUAUUUUGCUUCUAAGCUACGGGACAGCAAUUCGAAAAAGUAGCAAAUUUGCAAGUUAUAGCUUGGACGUCUACCGAGAUCACCAAGUCGAUGCCGAAACUUGGGAAAUAGAAACUGUGGAGUUAGUGGUUGAUGGCGUUAUACUUUCCAGCGAACCUCCACGAACAACUUAGUAAAACAUCAUUGUUCAUAUCUUGGUACAGAUAGAAAGAUCUUUUGGGGUUGCCUUGAGAGUUAUGGUUCCUUUUCUUCUGACCGGUGCCAGAAUGUAAAUAUCUGCCUCCUCAUCGUUUUCGAAUGCGCAUGGUUACCACCGUGUUAUAUGGUAUUAUGGGCACUCAAUGCAAUCUCAUACAUCCAAGAACUAUAACACAGGUAAGAAGGAGG